CCCUUCGCCUCCUCCCGCAUCACGCUAUUGUUUGCAUUGCUAUCCAAGCAACUCCUGUGAACCUCCUUCCUCCAUCGAAUCCCCCAAUACUCCUCCCAGCACCCCCUUCAAACAGCGCCAAUCAUGGACUACAGCCAGUACAAGGGCCGGCCCUUCCAGGUCAUCUCCAAGCUCAAGGUCCGCUACACCGGUAUCUUCCAGGACAUCGACCAGGAGUCUCAAACGAUCUGCCUGUCUGAGGUGUACAACCACGGAACAGAGGACCGCGAGACUGCUCGAGUCCUCCCAAGAUCCUCGGCCUCCCUUGGUUGGGUUCGCUUCCACACCAACUCGAUCGACUCGCUGGCGCUGGUUGAGAACUACAUCCCCCCUCAGAGUGACGAGCACCCUGUGGACCCCAUCCUUGCCUCUGUCAGCAAGAGCGGACCAUCCCAGUCGUCUCGAUCGGGCCCAUCUGGAGCUGGUCUGCCGCCCAAGCCUGCUGGCGCGAACUCUGCAAACGCUGCCCUUGACCGCGUCCAGAAGUCGUUGAACGAUCUCUCUGUUGACGGCGGCAACAGGCGAAGGCGCCCUCAGGCUCCCGCUGUUCCUGACACCGAGUUCGACUUCUCCAAGGGAAACGAGCGGUUCCAGCAGGAACGGCAGGCUCUGAAGGCGGCCAACUCGGACCUCGCGGCUACAAAGUCCAAGGUUCCCGAAACUGUCGAGGUCGGCGAGCUCGACGAGGACACCGACGUCCACCCCAGUGUGGUGGCCAAGGAAGAGGAGCCGGUGGCGGCACCGAAGCCCCAGGCCAAGACGGCAUCGUACAAGAAGGCCGACUUCUUUGACAACAUCAGCGCCGACUCGUCGCGCGUCAGCCGCGCCGACGAGAGGCAUCGCAACUAUGACACGUUUGGCGAGGCUGGUGGACCCGGCCAGCAGGGAGGCAGCGGCGGCCAGCGGUACGGCGGUGGUGGUCAGCGCGGCGGUCAGCGUGGAGGCCGUGGCCGUGGAGGAGGCCAGCGCGGUGGGCGGGGCGGGUUCGGUCACAGCCAGCAGGGCUUUGUGCACACGCAGUAG